GAGAGUCCCCACAAGGAUAGCAAACCAGACGUGUGUGUGUUUACUUGUUUACACAUUUUGAAUAGCUGAUGUGACAUUUAUUGGCAUUCAAUGUCCUGGACACCGCUAAGUACAAAAUUAUAGCUAUACAAGUAUGCCUUGAUCUUUUCUUUUGUAUAGACGCAUUUUUUUUUUUUUUUUCUUAAGGUGGAUCCUUGACCAAUGACUGUAUGCGGCAGGAAUCCUUGCCGCAUUUCUAAGCAUUAGCGUAAUUAGGUUUUACAGCCUGCCUGUUGGUAACCCAUGGUUUAAAUCAUUGGAUAAGGAGUUCAAAUUAGCUAUGUUGUAAAUAUUGUAGCACAAGACUGUUACUGCAGAAUGCACAGCUGCAGCAUUCACAGAAAACCCCGCCCUUUGCCACGGUUGUUCACAGAUGGCGUCAACGUAGAAGUUACAGUCUGCAUUUGUUUUUCAGAGAAAGAGUGAUGAUUAACCUUUUUAUUUUCGUCCCAAUGGCGGUUUUCCAGCUUGGCGCAUUGGGUGUUUAUACAGACAGAGCGUCAGUGAUUGUAAUGGAGGGAGAUUCGGUCUCUCUAAACACAAAUGCUAAAACAAGCCAACAAGAAAAGAUUAAAUGGUUUUUUAACGACACUCGAAUUGCUCAAAUCAGUGAUUAUCUCAGUAAGACCUGCACAGAUGUUCAGUGUAAUAAAGGUACUGAGAGAUUCAGAGACAGACUGAAACUGGACAAUCAGGCUGGAUCUCUGACCAUCAUGAACAUCACAAACACAGACUCUGGACUCUAUAAACUACAGAUCAUCAGCAGCAAUAGCAUGAGUGAAAAGAUCUUUAGUGUCACUGUUUAUGAUGUUGCAGAGGCGGAUAAAACAAAGACUAAGUCAGUGAAGAAGGGAGAAACUGCUACUUUUGAUCCUGGUGUCAUACACAACCCAAAUGAUCUGAUGAGAUGGUAUUUUAAUGACAUUCUCAUCUCUGAAAUCACUGGGGAUCAAAACACCAGAACCACAGACUCUGGACUUUAUCAUCUUGAGAUCAUCACCAACAGCAGCAGCAUCCACCGUCAGCACAGCAUCAGAAUUAUCAGUGAAAAGGGCCAUAGUGAGAAAGUCACCAGUUGGAUUGUGUAUGUAUUCGGUAUAGGAGGAGUAUGUGUUGGUGUUGUGCUGGUGGUUGCAGGAGUAACUGGGAAGUGGCAUAGAAAACUUGCUUGUACAAAGGGUGUCCCGUAUCCUUCACUACAAAAUCAAACAACUGGUCUUUAAUUGCACAGAGGAAUAGACAGAAAAAAACCUGUUAAUUGGUUAAUGGAAAGUUCUCUUACCAUAUAUGGAAACUGUAAUAAAGCUAAUCUUACAUUCCAAUUCCUUUUUCCAUUUGGUAUUAAAAUGGACAAAUAUAAUAUACAGUGAAAAGCCAUUAAGUGACAUUCUCAUAAUCCCCUUCGUUGACAUUACCAGAAUACAUUAUGGUUUUAUGAAACAUUCUUUGUUGUUAAAUGAAUGUAUGCAUUAUUUUAGUAUCAUGUGUGUUAACGUGUUUGUGUGUAUGGCACUGUGUGCACCUUCCAUAUAUUUGGAUUUACUGCUUUAAAAUGUAGCUUUUUUUGUAAGUUACAGUUUUAUUUUGUAAAAAAGAGGUUGUUCUGUUAAUGUUCACAAUUUUCUUAUAUUUUGCACAAUUAUUCUGCUGUAGCCUACUGUUUGCAAUAUUAUUCAUACUAACUGUCACGGAUCCAUCUGGCAUUCCUCACCACGUCUUCACUGAGCACCCUCACCGGAUUCCUAAUGACCUGCACCUGCUCCCAAUCACUACAGCCACUUAACCUCAGCAUAUAAUCACACGCGUCAGUUCCACUUGGGGUCUGAUCUCGUACGCAGGACGUGGACUCUACUCCCGAGACCAUCUCACUGAGUAUAUCAUAUCUAACUAUACUUACCCUUUGUGCCUUACCUCCUGUCUCUGCUCCCUGUGUUUUCUCCUCAUACCAGAUCGUCUGUCUCCGUGAUCAGUGUGCUCUUGAAGAUUCCCCCGUCUCACCUGCCCUGCGUCUCUGUGGAAGAAAAGACUAUUACUAUCAUUCUAACCCAUCCUCGGUGCAUACUCCAGAAGUCAGAUACUCACCUCCAGUCCUCCUCUCUUUACUCAGUUUUCCUCAUCCUGCUCAAUAAACACUCACGAACUAUUA